GUCUGUGGGUUUUAGCCAAAGCUGCAGCGCCCGGCGCCCGAGCGAGCGAGCGCGGCAGCGGCUUCCUCCGGCGCCCGCACCCGGGCGAUGCGAUUUCCCGAGCACCCCGGGCGCAGCCUGGGCUCUGGCUCCCCACCACCCGCCGAGCCCGCGAGGCCCCGGAGCCGCCGCGGCUAGAGGAGGAGGCAGGGAGGGGAAGCCCAGCGCCCCAGCCUCCCUCCCCCACCCUCGCCCCAUUCACCUCGGCGGCCGCCGCGCGCUGGGAGCCUGAUCGCGGGACGCCGAGGCCCGGACGGGAUUCUCCGCGCGCCGCCAAGUGAGCCGGCGCCUCGGCUCCUGGGUGGGCUGCGAAGAAAAUGGUGCAGUCUGAGAGCGGCUGACCCCAGUUGGGCAGAGCAGACAGCUCCAGUGCCGGGCUGUGGCGGCAGAAGGGGGCGGAUUGUUUUGAAGGGCCGGGACCGCUGUUUUCCUCGGUGCCUGCAGCAUUUUCUUUGCACCUGAGCAGCAGGUUCCUGGGGCUACUUGGGAGCCAGAUGAAGUGAGGCAGAGGCAUCGCGGGAGAGGCGGGUCCGGAACCUCUCGGGUGGAUACUCAGGAAGGAGAUUGCGCUGGGGAGACCGGCAUGACGCCCCCAGGUCUGGCUGCGGGGCUAGUGGUGAGCCCCGAUCGCGCGACCUGUCCAUGGUGUUGAAGGCACCGCGCGCCGAGCUCCGCGCGCGCCGCGCCGUGCGCCCUGCCGGGUGCAUCCUCCUCGGCGCAUCCUGUCUCUCGAGCCCGCCGGCUGCCGCCCAUUCACCCCUAACCGCGGGCCGAGGCUCGUCCGGUUACGCCGUCCGGGUGACCGCGCCGUCGGCCCGAGGGGCCUCCUGAAUGGCGAGGCCAGAAGCAGAACACCCGGGAGCUCGCGCGGGAAGGUUGGCCGCGACCGUGCGCCCACGGGAAGCCCGCCUCUGAGCACAGCGCGCUGGCCAGACAGCAAAGGACCUACUGGUGACCAGAGGACGGAGCUUUUCCAAAGAGCCGACCCAGAGAGGAAGAACAUUUCUUGGUUUGCAGAUCGGAAGGGGGACAGUCGCUGAGUGGGAGACCCAGGCGGGACUCAGGGCAGCCGGCCCUGGCAUCUGGAGGUUUUCCUUCGUUGGCCGGUCUCGUCGCGGGUGCUGGAGUUCAUUCUGUCGUCGCGCAGCAACUCGUGAUAGCCCCCACCCCCUCACCCCAAGAAAAGGCCAGGCGAGUGGGUCCCGUCGCCACCCUGCACAAAGAAAGCCCAACUGUCUCACUGCAGCCGAGGGCACUGGGUGUUUAGUUUCUGGCCCGAGGGCAGCGGCGCCUGAAGUCCGGCUGUGUGCCGACGCGGCCGGUUCGGGGCAGUAGCUUCCUGCUGGGCAGGGAGGGGGCGGGAGGCGGUCUUGUCCGCUCGCCGCCGCCGCCGGAGGCUGCACCUGCCCCCCCGGAGGAUGCCCAGAAGCCAGCCGGAGCCUCCCCGGAUCAGAACUUUUUAGGCUGUCCGCCCCCAUCCCCGCAGUCCCUGGGCCGCGCACCGGCAGGCGGGGGCGAGGGGGCGCCGCCGCGCGAGUCCCCCUCCGGUCCCCCCUCCCCCUUGGCUCGGCCGCCCGCCCGCCGCUUUGUUCCGGGCGCGCGGAGGGAAGGCGAGGCUGCGGCGGAUCAUGCCCAUGGUGUAGCCGCCAAGCGGAGGCAUGGCUGCCGGAAGGUUACUGCUCUAUACGGGCCUCUCGCUAGCGCUCUGCGCCCUCGGCAUGCUGGCCGUGGCCAUCUGCUCGGACCACUGGUACGAGACGGACGCCAGGAAGCACAGGGACAGGUGCAAGGCCUUCAACACCCGCCGGGUCGACCCCGGCUUCAUUUACAACAACAACAACAACUUGCCGCUCCGGGCGAGCCGCUCCCGCCUGGACCGCUGGGAGGGCAAACUCCUCCGGGCCCGGAAUCGCCGGCAGCUCUUCGCCAUGAGCCCGGUUGACGAGUGCAGCCGGCAGUACAACUCCACCAACAUGGGCCUCUGGAGGAAAUGCCACCGGCAGGGCUUCGACCCCGAGAUCGCAGCCCUCAUUCGGAAAGGAGAAAUUGAACGAUGCACAUACAUCAAAUACCACUACUCCUCAGCCACCAUCCCCAGGAACCUCACUUUCAACAUCACGAAGACCAUCCGUCAGGAUGAGUGGCACGCCCUUCACCUGCGCAGGAUGACCGCCGGCUUCAUGGGCAUGGCGGUGGCCAUCAUCCUCUUCGGCUGGAUCAUCGGCGUGCUGGGCUGCUGCUGGGACCGGGGCCUUAUGCAGUAUGUAGCAGGGCUUCUCUUCCUCAUGGGAGGAACUUUCUGCAUCAUAUCACUGUGCACCUGUGUGGCUGGAAUCAACUUUGAGCUGUCACGCUACCCACGCUACCUGUAUGGACUCCCUGAUGACAUCAGCCAUGGAUACGGAUGGUCCAUGUUCUGUGCAUGGGGGGGCCUGGGCCUCACACUAAUCUCGGGAUUCUUCUGUACCUUGGCCCCUUCUGUCCAACCUGUCCCGAGGACCAACUGCCCUAAAUCCAGACCCGAGAAUGGGACAGUGUGCUAAAAAAACAAACCCAUACAUAUAUAUAUAUAUAUAAAUAUAUAUAUAAUAUACAUAUAUAAAACAAAACUAACUCAAGAUGAUGCCAGUGCCAAGGUAGAGUUGAGUUGGCUCAGGCACCCGCAUCUCGUCGGACUUUGUGUUGCCUCAUCACCGAGAUGGGGAAAGCAUCCCCGUCACGUGGCUCUUCCAUCAUUUCUUAACUUUUGGCUCCACGGUUUUUUGAAGACAGAGCGAACAUCACCACUUGUGAUAGCGUCCUGAUCCCAUCACUCACGAGGAUGGGGUGGUGGGCUGGGAAGGGACAGUGCCAGUGGUCUGAAGCGGCACGGAUGUAGAGAAGGAGGUACCAUCCAUUGGGCCAGCCGUGAGGACACCACCCCAACGCCGAUCGUGUUGCAGAGAAACAAAGCCCUUAGUUCAUAGAAUGUAACCACAUCUUUGACGUCAUUUGCAGAUCACUUCUCCUGAUCUUCCUGUUCUGAUUCCCUUCCUGGCCCACCAGCAACACACAAGAAGUGGAAGAGAAAACAGACUGAGAAGGAAGUUUUCUCUUUGUUGCCAAACUUUUGGACAAAGUUACAGAGGUGGGAAGGGGGAGAGAACAACGUGCUGAGGGCAAGAUCCACGUCAAUAAAAGGACACUUCAGUGGAUGCUCAGAAAACCCAGUCUCACCUUCCAGCUGCCUUACAUCCAGUUAAACAAGAGGCCGCCCUACCCCCGACCCCACCUGCACUCCCUGGGCAGAUUGGAGCCUUGGAGUAAUGCUGUGGUGUGUGUGUGUGUGUGUGUGUGUGUGUGUGUGUGUGUGUGUGUGUGACUACUUUUGGUGGUUUCCUUUUUUCCUUUUCACCUUUUAAAAUGGAAAGACUUCAUUAUGACUGUUGUCUCUAUCGUUUGUGGUGGUUUCAUGGGCCAGGGCGGAGUCCCGAGACCUAGGAGGAAUAAUGAGGGGCAGGCCAGUGUGGGUGCCCAUUCUGUAGUUUCAGAUCCCUGGAGUGUGUACGUGUGGUGGGUGUUUUCUGAGUGUGGGGUUUUAUUGUUUGUGUUGCAUUUUUCUAUUAUUUGUAGUGCAGCCGAAAUUCCCAGAGGGCAGAACUGAGAACAAAAUCACUGGGCAGAGGGCCCGGUGGUCCUUCACAUCACAGUUCUGGGAUGCCACGGGAUUUAGUCCUCUAAAUCUGGAAGUUCAAGACAAAGCUGGGCACAAAGCCGUGAGAGAAGAGGGGGAACAUGGUUCAGGAGGGAGAAGGAACAUUGCCUCUGUUGCUGUUGUACAAGUACGUACCAAACCAGAUCUUCACUCCCCAUCAUGGAAGCUGUCCUUUGUCACUGGACAUCCACCCCUCUCCUGGGGGCGACCUCUGUACAGAUGAAAGAAAAUGGGUCACGUGCAGAGAGAGCAUCUCCAUGCUCCGUGGGCUCAAGUUUGUAUGAUAUUGUGUAAAUUAAUGGCGAACUCCGGACUCUUUCCAUCUUCUUCCUUUCCCUCUCGGUAUUCAAGGCCAUGCAUCCCCAAACAGCCAUCUUAGUGGCUAGCCCCCAAACAGAGGUGGCAUAAAUCCAGCCCGAUGUCUCAGGCUCGUUCGAGCACACUGGCCCUGCAGGUGUCGGCGAACUACCAUGUCAGCCAGAGUCGUGGAAGCUGUAGGGACAAGAGUCUGCCGGGAAGAGGGGGCAGGAGCAGCUGACAGUCACCUCAGUGACCCUGCUGGGGCUGAGCUGCCCCAGGGAGGCAAGGAGUGAAUCCCCGAGCUGUACAGCCAUGGGUCAACCAUGUAGCUGAGAAUUCAGUUGCUUCAUAAAUAGAUAUGCUUUGGGCGCUUUGCCAACAGCUCAACAGCCUUCUUUCCCACCCAUGUACCUGUUUCAUCGACCUGUCUCCUGAUCUGUCUUCCUACCAGUCCCCACUUCUCAUCUACUAACCACCUCUCCCUCUUCCAUCCGCCAGGCUACGAGUCCUGCCUGUCCCCUCAUCUGCUCUUUUUGACUGUGUGUGUGUGAUUCACAUCCAGUUAAGACAUCCCAUGUGCAUGAAUGGGCCUGAAUGUGGGUCUCUGUAUACGUGUAGCUCCCUGGUGCAUUUUCUGUGUGUUUUUGUCAGUAUGUACCUGGACACGGUUGUGGGUGUGCUACUCAAGGCUUCCUUCCCAGCGACACUGGUCAGCUUCUGCAAAAGGUCUCGUGUGCGCGUGCCCCUUGUAUGGGUGUGCUGAGAGAUGAGGGGUAAGGUGUGGAGCAGGAAACGCUAUUCUCUUCCAGUUGGGCUUCAAAGGAUUUUUUUUUUUAAAUAAAGGAUUAAUUCUAUGAGAAGAGAAAUCAUUUUUGGGAAACCCUAACUUUUCUAUUGUAUACAGAAUUAAAAAUUUCUUUUUCUUGGAAAGCUAGAUUUCCCCCUUAAAGGAAAGGCAUGCUAGGGCUUGAGGGAAAAGUGAGAAGCAUCCCAGAUUGAGAGGCUUUGUGUCUUCCUUCCAAGCAUCUUGAGUGGGCUCUGCUGAGCAGGGAGAGACAGGUGUCCACGAGCGUCUGUUUGGAGCAGAGGGCCUGUCUGUGACCAGCUGUUUCCCAGGUGCAGGAAAAUGGAGAAAGAAAUUCUACAAGGGGCCACUUGCUAUCAGUCAUUUAAACCUUUCUUGAGUAACUGUGUUUGAGGACACUGCCUCACUGACCUGUGACUAUUUAUACCUUCUUUUUUUUUUUAUUCCAUGCUUGCCAUAAAUGGAUCAUCCACUCUUUCCAGCUACUAAUCUUUGUGAUCGACCCUUAAUACAGCUUAUUGUGUCCCUUUGAAGCCUUCCUGAAAUGUUAAGAGACUCCUAAGAAAGAAGUAAACCACCUGGGCUUAACUUGCCAUCAGUAGAACAGAAGCUUUGAGCUACUUCUUUGGUAGCGGGGCCAGAUAGGAGCAGAUACACUCUGAGGUCUGAUCCUGCUUGGGGCCAAUAAAGCCCCAUACAGAUGGCAAAUCCUUGCCCCGGUGUGGGGGACCGGGGAGGCGGAGGCCGGGGAGGGGCUCAAUCCCUCCAGUGUAGGGAUCCAAGUUAAGACCCGCCGUCCCCACGCUAUUAGUGAGGCUCUGGUGUGGCUGAAGAAGAAGGGAAGGGGGGUGGGGGAAGGAAAAGAGAGCCUCUGCUAACUCCAAAUCAAAGUAGAACCCAACCUACUGAUGGGAUUUAGGGUCGGCAGCUUCAUAAAAGUCCCAGCCCCGACCCCAGGUGAAGUUCAGAUUCCUUACCAGUGUGCAUGCAAGGUCUAUGACCAUGUAUGUGUUUUGAGCUCCAUGUGAAUUAGCCUUAAGCAUGGGGCUUUCAGCUUUCAUUUCCUUCCUUACCCUAUGAGAUUGGGGAUUCAGACAAGUGAGGUGUCUGCCUGGAAAGAGGUCCUAUUUCUUUCUCUCCCCAUUUUGGGAGCUUUGGUUUCUUUAUGUUUCAUUUUCCUCUUUGCUCCCUUCCUCUUUCCUUCUGCAUCAACUUAAAAUAGUCAAUCAAUUAAAAUAGUUAAGGAAUUUGUCUCUGGAGAGGCUCAUACUCUCCAAGCAAACCCCUUCCUCAUUUGUUGUGGCUGUGGGCUUCAGAAGGAGGUCCGUGGCUUCCCGGCAUUGAAAUAUAAAACAUUUUUAAAUGUGCCUAUUCCAGCUUCAAUCCUCCUGAAACCCUCUGCCUUUCAACAAUUUACAUCCUUUCAGCUUCAGGGAUCACAAAGUCAAGAAGACUCAGCAUCACCCAGCCAAGACAAAGCCUUCCUUGUUCACAUGUCCAUAUGCCACCCUCGGAGCCCAUUCUGGCAUAUUCUCUUGUUGGGGUGUGUGGUUCCACCUAACAGUGCUUGCCUUUCCUUUGAUCAGGGAAGGCGAUAUCCUGAAAUUCUUGAGUAUAGGCCCUACCUCUUAACAGUCCUUCACAGUCAUGAUAAGAGGUGUGAAAUGAACCACGUGUGGUUGUUCUGAUUCAACGGGGGAUGUGCUGCUUAGGUCCCUAAAGCUGCCUACCUGAGUCAGACUCAAAGUAAUGAAAUCAAGCCCAUCACCCAGAGGCAUGGACUCUGUCUUCCCCUGGCUUAUUCUGAGAGUGUUAAUUAACUGUUUUUUAAGUAUCUGGGGGGAAGGAGCGAGAAGAAAAUACACUCCGGUCAUCUUUGGUGUGGUUUGUGUGGGUUAUUUGGUUGAUUCUUGCAACUAAAGGGAAGCUGCUUUUCUGAAAGUGUUCCUCCUCCCCCAGGGGCCAACCAUCCCAGUGGACAAAUCCAGCCCUUUCCAGGGCAAUGUGAUGAAUCAUAGAGGUGAUUUCACCAUAUUUAGAAGUCAUUGGUGCAUACCAGCCAGGUUGGCUUCUGUGCUAUCUUCUAGCUGGUAUCCAGCAGAGUAAGGGGGCAGGUUUUUAAACAAGUCCCCUUGAGCUGAUGGACAUAAAAGAUUCUGGUGUCUCAAAGCAGUCAACUUGGCGGGCUGCGUUUGGACUCUUUCCGUUGAUGCUUCCAUGGUGCAAAAUGUUUCUUAAACAUUAUUGUUCUCAGACUACAUUAUUAUUGGCUAUUGGAUUAUUUUUUCUGAAUAAUAGAAAAUUGUAGAGAAUUAGAAAAAUAAAGUACCAAAAAGACGAAAGGAUUGUUUAUAAUUUCAUCACUCAGAGGCAUCAUGAUGACCCCAGUACCUACGCAGUGAGUGGUUGUCUUGGGUUGGCACUUGGGGCUAGGAGUGUAGUCUAAGGCCACAGAACCACACUGGUCUGCAUGGAGUUAACCCGGUGUUCAUAGCAGGAGAAGAGCAGGGCUCUGAGCCCCUAAAGAUGGCAAAGGGACUUUCGUAAAAGGUCAGUGCCGGAGCUUAGGGACGGGUGGAACAGAGG